AUAAAUAAAUAAGAAUAAGAGAGGAUUAGAAGUGAGACAAAGUUCGAAAUUACACCAUGUUGGAGUUGAGCCUCUCAACAGCAUCUUUUAAAUUUGUAGUGAUAAAUAUAGCACUUUUUGUAGUUUUAGUUCAUGGAGCAAAUAGCUUUACCAGAGAUGACUUCCCACCUGGCUUUGUUUUUGGUGCUGGUUCUUCAGCUUAUCAGGCUGGUGGAAGGAGCAUCAAACCAAGAUGGAAGGACUCCAAGCAUAUGGGAUACCUUUGCCCAAGCUGGGAGUAUGCAUGGAGACACAGGAGAUGUAGCAUGUUAUGGAUAUCACAAGUACAAGAUGGAAAAGGAGCUAUAAAUCCUAAGGGUUUGCUGUAUUACAACAACCUAAUCAGUGAAUUAAUCAGCUAUGGAAUACAACCACAUGUGACAUUACACCAUUAUGAUCUCCCACAGGUACUUGAAAACGAGUAUGGAGGGUGGGUUAGUCGAAAGAUUGUAAAAGACUUCACCGGAUAUGCAGAUGUGUGCUUCAGAGAGUUUGAUGAUAGAGUUAAAUAUUGGACUACUGUAAAUGAGGCGAAUGUGUUUGCGCUUGGGGGUUAUGACAGUGGAAAUAUGCCUCCUGGUCGAUGUUCUUCUCCAUUUGGAGUUGUAGAUAAUUGUUCUGCAGGAAGCUCCUCAACUGAGCCCUACUUAGUAACUCAUCAUAUCUUGUUAGGACAUGCAUCAGCUGCUAGAUUGUAUGAGAAAAGGUACAAGGAUAAGCAACAUGGAUUUAUAGGGAUGAAUAUUUUUCAAUAUUGGUUUGUUCCUUUUACAAAUAGCAUUACAGAUAAAAUUGCUGCUCAAAGAGCCAAAGAUUUUUAUAUCGGUUGGUAUUUGAAUCCUUUGAUCUUUGGAGAUUAUCCAGAAAUCGUGAAGAAGAAUGUUGGCUCAAGGUUUCCGGCCUUCACGAGUCCUGAAUCCAAAAGAAUUAAGGGCUCAUUUUAUUUCAUAGGAGUGAAUUAUUAUAACAAGAUGCAUGUCAAGGAAAAAUCCAGCAGCCUAAAGUCGAAAAUCAGGGACUUCUUUGCAGACACAGGAGUGGAGCUUAUAUUUGUGCGAAACGAAUCUGCCUAUGAGAUGAAAAUCUGAAUAUCGACUGUUAUGUCUGUCUACUGGUGGGGAUUAUUUCAGUUUACUAGAUCAACUUGUAGAUGAUGGAGAUCAAUAAUGUAAACAGAGAGAUGAUGGAUUUUAGUGUUUCUUUAGUAAUAUUUCCGAGUAAAAAAAAGAAAAGACAUACGUUACCAAAACGAGCUAGCUUUAGAAUUGUGUAUAAGUAUUUUUUUUUUUUUGGGCCAACAGAAUGUUUAUAGGUUUAAAUGCAUUUGAUUUGAAUCCUUGAAGUAUGCUAUCAUUUUAGCAAAAUGAACACAUAUAUCAUUAAAAUAUGUGAUAGAUUAAAUCAUUUGUAACCAAGAAAUGCA